UGGCAAAAAGACAAAAAAAAAAAAAAGAAAGAAAGAAAAAAUGAUAGAAGAAAAUGAUCAAUAAACAACAAGAGCUAGAGAAUAUUUAAGCAGCAAAAGUAGUAGUUUUUGAUCUUGUAUUUAUUAAGAGAAUAUAUUAGUAAUGUUAGUCAUUAUUUCAUAUAUAGGUCAUGCCCACUCCUCAUUUCUGUUUUUUUUUUCCCUUAUCCUUGCCUGGUAUGUAUAAUAUCACUUACUUCUCCAUAUCAGUGAAAACACUACUUUUUUAACAAAGCCCACCUCAAGUUUUAUCUUAAAGAAAGUGUAUCUUGUUGUUUAUAUGGAUCUCUCUCUUUUUAAAAAUUAAGGCAGCAUAAUCUGUACAUUAUUUUGCCUCCUUAAUUGCAUUUUCCUGUGUGUGCUGCUAAGACCUGCGUAUUUCUUAGUUCCACAAAAUGCCUGUAAAUACUAUCUUCAAAACCUUUUCUAGUUCUCAUUCCACUCUUCCAGAACCCAACACAUCCCUACUAUUUGAAACCAGAUUUAUUAUGAACCAAAUAUAGGAAUUAGGGGGAAGGAAACUUGACUCCUCAAGAUGUUAGAACUAGUAGAGCAUUAUCUUUAAACAAAUGUUGCAAACAACUGUUUGUGAGAGAAUAUCAAUUUAGUCUCUGUUCUGCUACCAGAGUAAGGGGGGAUUACAUUGUAAAUCAUGGACUCUAUAAUAUAAUAAAAAGGAACAGCAUGAAAAUGUUUCCACUGACACACAUGGUUUGAUUCAUGAAACAAUUUCUUCAUACCUCUUAGGCUACUGACUGACUUUUCAAUAUAAAUCUUUGUGAAGAUUUCAUAAAGGAGUAGCCAAUCACAGAGCUGAAGAAAAACCUUUAUAUAAAACAAAAUUCCAAGGUUUAAGCAAGAAACUGUUGCAUGUAAAAGCAAGUGACAUAAAGACAAUAAUUUGCAAGUAAAAUUCAAGGAACUCUGGGAAUUUCAUUGAACACUAUGAAGCUAAGUGGCUUUCUCAGUCAUUAAUUUUACAAGUCUUCACCAAUCAAUAGUCUAGUCUGUUACCAAAUAAAUGACUAGUGUUAAACAGCAGAAAGAAUACACUGUUUUCACUCAGGUAUCGGCUAACAACAACCAGGGAACAGAACCAACCCCUGUAAUUGAGUUGCCUAAUGAAUAUUAUUUGGGAAAAACAUAAACUAUUGAAAAGAAUAAGAGUAGUGACUGGGAAUAAAUAAAUUGAAGAAAGAGCCUCAAUCCCUUUAAACAGUGAAAAUCAAGAGUAGACAGUAAGUUCUUAUUUAGAAGAAAUUUAAUCUAAUUAGAAGAAUUUAUGCCUAAAUUCAAACCAAUGGCAGUUGGAAAUACUACUAGCCGGGUACACAAACUUGGUGUUUUCUGACAAGAGGUAAAGCCAGGCUCUCCAGAUCCUGAGAUCUACAACUAUAAAUUAGAUUGCAUUAUUCUCCAACAUGAAUGCCCUAUCUGAUAUUAACAAUUUAUCAAACCAGCCAACCUACCAACCAACAAGCUGUUCUCUUACCUUCAUCCUCCAUUAGUGAAAAUAGAAUAUUUCAAGUUCUCUUUCUAAAUCAAAACACUGACCACUGCUGCACACCCUUCUCUACACAAAUCAAUAUUCCGGAAAUAAUCCAUGUUACAAGAAGAGAAUGAAGAAGAAAAUAGCCUGGAAACCUGGUUGUCUGGAAAGAACAAAGUGAAGUAAAAGGGUCUUAUCCUUCUCUAUUAGAAAGUAAUUUCCUGACUAUGAGGCUAGGCAUUUUAGAAACAUACCCAAAUUCUAGUCUCCUUUCAUUUCUGUGAUAUUGCCUCAUCAUGGUGCUCUCUCCACCCUAAAAUGCCCUUCCUUUGUCUCAUUUAUUGAUCUCUUUCUAUCCUCUGUGCUCACAUCUCUUCUGUACAUCCUCAGAAGUCUGCUCUUUUCUAUGAGCUCUUUCCUUUCAAAGAAAUCUGUGUUCAUGGCUUAAUCUCAUAACCCAUUUGAUCAAUGACUCACAAAGCACAGUGUACUCCUGAAAAACAAAUGUUGUUUGUCAGCCAUGAUAUGUCAUGUUGUCUGUCCUAUCUUUUGCUCUGGAUUCUUAUGCCGUGAUGUUUUUACAGCUAUCAAGAUGUUCCCUCGUGGUUCACUUUAAUUCCACCUGCUUCAUAAAACAGUAUGCAGUUAAUAGAAAGAACAUGAACUUUGGAAUGAAAGAGGUUUAGGUUUGAAUCCUAAGAACUACGAAUAAUUACGUGAUCUUGAGUCUUUAACCUCUUUGAGCUUUGUUUUUUCAUUUGUAAAGUAAGGAUAUCAAUUUUUUGACUCUCUUUCCAUUCCUUUUAAAGAGUUUCUUAUCUCACUUUUCAUUUCACUGACUAUUUAGGGCUAUACCCACAUCUCAGCUACUACAGAGAACAGUGGCUUCCUGACAUCUAUUUUUAUCUGGGGUACACGGCUCCCACAUAGAAAACUUUAGUCUGUCUACCAAUGGAAAGAACUAACUGGACAUUAAGAGGUUCUUUAGUAGCUUCUGUUAUGAGAUCUUGCUUUCAUCAUAGCAUUAAUCACUGCUACCACUAAGCAGUGAUUGGAAAUUUGCCUUGCUCCUCCCCCUUAGUCAAGUUGUUUCUGCUGUUCUGGGCCAGCCAUAUUCAAACUUCUUAGGGCAGGCAGCUUAAAUCAUGUUUGGGUCUCUUCAAUGUUUUUAUCUCUUUUCUAUAGACAUCUUUUUUUUCCCAAUUAAUUUCUAAAAGGUCAGUUAUACAUAGCAAUUUCCCAAGUCUCUGAUGCUCUUGGGCAUAACAUUAAAAAAAAAGUUUAAUUAAAAUUAAAACACAACAAUGACCAGAAGAAAUUACCUGAGGCUACCCUUUGUAGUCACUUUCCCCAUUAUUAAUGCCUAACCAUCACUAAUUGAUUCUCUAUCCCCAUAGUUUAGUCUUUUCUAGAGAGUAACAUAGACGAAAUUAUACAGUAUCUAGCCUUUGGAGAAAAGCUUUCUCUUAGCAUAAUACAUUUGAGAUUCAUCAAUAUCUCAUGUGUAUCAAUAGUUCAUUCCUUUUUAAUUGCUGAGUGGUAUUUCAUUGUAUAGAUAUACCAUAAUUCAUUGUCUAUUCUCCAGGUCAAGGACAUAUUUUUUUUUCGGUUUCUGCUAAUACUACUAAAAUUGUCUUAAAAUUAUUGAGUAUUCGUGUGAAUAUAAUUUUCAUUUCACCUGGGUAAAUGCCAAAGUGUGGUAUUGCUUGGUAAUUGCUGUGGAAAGCAUAUGCUUAACUUUGCAAGACAUCAUUUUCUAGAGUGGCUUUGCCAUUUUGCAUUCCCACUAGCUAUGUAUGAGAGUUGCUCUUGUUUAGUAUCCUUGCUAGUACUUGCUAUUCUCAAUUAAAAAAAGGUAUCCUAUAAAACAAACAAAACACAAUGACCCUACUUCUCUUCCAAGUGCCAAUUAGAUCUGCUCUUCACAGCUUUUGAACCCUCUUCCCAUCAAUCACACAGCACUUCAAAUAUCAUCUUGCUCACCUGUAGCCCCUAAUCAACAAAGCCAAGUACAUUCUUCUCUACUUUGUGGUUACACAACCACAUACUAACCGGUGUAGCUUUGAGCAAAUUUUCCCCAUCUUUGCUUUUUACCUGGAAUACUGGCAUUUAUUCAUGAUGUGAUCCUGUUCUCUUCCAUUUCUCAAUAUGGGACCUUCCCAGUUAAGCUUUCAAACUAUUCCUUCCUGAUUCUUUAUGUCUAUUCCUUAUCCCUGCCUCCUAUUGCUAGCAAGCUAUUACUGUUUCUCCUUUCUUUUGUCAUUCUUUCUACCUGACUGUAUUUUAAAUUUAUUCUUCAUUCCAAUACUAAUACAUUAUUUGAAAGGUUAAUGUUUAUAUUAAGAAAAAAGUGCAUGGGAAACUCUGUAAAACAGCUUGGCAUAUGGCAAAAAAAAUGGCUUCUAGUCCUAUUUUCUGACAGAAAGGUACAAUCUUUCCUAACUCUAAAGCUCAUCAUAGAGCUUUUUUCCAUAUAUAUCUUAUGUCGAUUCAAUUAUUGUGCUUUAUAUUAUACUUGCUUAUGUAACUGUUUAAUUGUAAAUUCCAAAAAAACCUAAUUAUCAGUGUAUAUUCCUAUGCAUUAUACAAUCAUAGAAACUAGCACAUUUUAGCCCUCAGUACAUGAUUAUUGUUUUGAAAUACUUUAUUUACUUAUCACAUAAAUAAUGCUCCUAUUCAACAAAAUACUGCUAUGAAUGGAUUUGUGUAGACAGACUUAAAUCAUGACAAAUGCCCAUUUUGUUGAGCUCUCCUUACAUUCUGGGAAAUAAGGAUUGCCUAUCUAAUGCUCUUAUUGCAAUCCUGGAAUUUUGAUCUAAUGGACAUUAUAUCAACAUUCCUAUAUUUAUCAUAGCUACUUUUUUCCCCAAAAUGUUUUCAUUUACCGUUAACAUAAUCAAUUCUCCCUAAUUUGAAUGAAUUAGAAGGGAAACUAAUUAAAUUGGUGAAUACUUGCUUUAAUUUGAAUCCCUUUAAGGACAUAUAAUAACUGCAACUUUUAUAACUAUUCAGACACUGCCUAGUGGAGUUUUAAUUAAUAGAUAAGCAUGAUCUCUAAUUAGCUCAUCAAAACACUAGUCUGAACAGUGUCAACCCUACAUAUGUUGCAAUUACAUUGUUUAUAAGUAAAUAAAUACUUCUAAAAACACUUAAAGACCAGUUUGCAUUCUUAGCAGAAUAGUGAUGCCCUCAACCUUUUUCAUUAUAUGGUUAAUUCGUUUUGCUAGCCUUCUCUUCUUCUUAAGGGAGUAAAUGAACAAAUGAAAGAAACACAAUACAAUAGCUUUGUCUCAGUUGAUAUUAGGACACAUUCCAAAUUACUGUAGUUCAAAUUAUUGUAGUUUCUUGAAUAGAUAUCAUAUAACAGUACAGUACAGGACUGUAGAAAUACAAAGCUAGAGGAAAACCUUCCUCUUGGAUCAAUUAUUCUAGCUAUCUCAUUUUAUAGAUGAAGAAGAAAUUUAUUUAUUAUAUGGCUCCUAUGAUUAGUCAUGGGCCAAGCCAGGCUUCCUUCUCUCAGUGUCUUUGGAGUCCUAAUUCCAUGCUUAUUGAAAAGGUAAUGUGAAUAAUGUGAGUUAAGAAAUAAAAUAAAACAGAGAAAGAGAGGAAGAGAGAGUUAAGUAUCAAUUUGAUACAGUGACCUCAUGGAAUUCUAAAUUAAAAGCAAAUAAAUUCAAAAUUCUAAUUCAUGCAUUCAAUGAAAAAGAUACUGUUAUUCUGCAGAAUAUUUUGGCAUACUGUGCUCAAUGCUUCACCCAUUCAUUUAAAUUGAUUAGGAUUUCUGUUGUUUCUUUGUUUUUCCAAAAGUGUGAGUUACUUUCAGCUGCUGGGGAUAGAAAACAGAUAAAACACAGGUGGUAUAAUAGAAGUUUGCUGAGAGUGUCAUGGUGGUACUGAGGAAGGACUCCUAACCAAGGCUGGUGUGUUUGUGCAUGAAAGGGGGCUUCCUGGAAGAGGCAAUGGAGGAACUAAGUCCUUAAAGACUGGAAAAAAGGAAAGAAGUAAUACCCUGAAUAUCGCAAUAGAAAACAUGUGCAAGAAGACAAGAGACCUUCGCAGACAGCUCCGUAAGGCUAUUAUAGAUCACGUGUCAGACUCCUUUUUGGAUACAACAGUCCCACUUUUGGUUCUCAUUGAAGCUGCCAAGAAUGGCCGGGAAAAAGAAAUAAAAGAAUAUGCUGCAAUAUUUCGUGAACACACCAGCAGGCUUGUAGAGGUGGCAAACCUUGCUUGUUCCAUGUCCACAAAUGAAGAUGGGAUUAAAAUUGUCAAAGUUGCAGCCAAUCACCUGGAAACCUUGUGUCCUCAGAUUAUUAAUGCUGCCCUUGCUUUGGCUGCAAGGCCCAAAAGUCAAGUGGUCAAAAAAACCAUGGAAAUGUACAAGCGCACAUGGGAGAAUCAUAUCCAUGUCCUCACUGAAGCUGUUGAUGACAUUACAAGCAUUGAUGACUUCCUUGCUGUGUCUGAGAGCCAUAUCCUAGAAGAUGUCAACAAAUGUAUCAUAGCCUUGAGAGAUCAGGAUGCUGAUAAUUUAGACCGCGCUGCAGGUGCUAUCAGAGGACGGGCAGCAAGAGUUGCUCAUAUUGUCACAGGGGAAAUGGACAGUUAUGAGCCAGGGGCUUACACAGAAGGUGUGAUGAGAAAUGUCAACUUCCUGACAAGUACUGCAAUUCCUGAAUUUGUCACACAAGUGAAUGUUGCCUUGGAAGCCUUAAGUAAAAACUCUUUGGAUGUGUUUGAUGAUAAUCAAUUUGUGGACAUCUCAAAGAAGAUCUAUGAUACAAUUCACGACAUCAGAUGUUCGGUCAUGAUGAUUCGGACUCCUGAAGAACUUGAGGAUGUUUCUGACCUGGAAGAAGAUCAUGAAGUCCGCAGUCACACCAGUGUUCAGACCGAAGGAAAAACUGACCGGGCUAAGAUGACUCAAUUGCCUGAGGCAGAAAAGGAAAAGAUUGCUGAGCAAGUUGCUGAUUUCAAGAAAGUAAAGAGUAAGCUGGAUGCUGAGAUUGAGAUAUGGGAUGAUACAAGCAACGAUAUCAUUGUCCUGGCCAAGAGGAUGUGUAUGAUCAUGAUGGAGAUGACGGAUUUCACAAGGGGAAAAGGACCACUAAAGCAUACAACUGAUGUGAUCUAUGCAGCUAAAAUGAUAUCUGAAUCUGGAUCAAGAAUGGACGUCCUUGCUCGGCAGAUUGCCAACCAGUGCCCAGAUCCAUCAUGCAAACAGGACUUAUUGGCAUACCUGGAACAGAUUAAGUUCUACUCUCAUCAACUGAAAAUAUGCAGUCAAGUUAAAGCUGAGAUACAGAACCUGGGAGGAGAGCUCAUCAUGUCAGCGUUGGAUAGUGUCACCUCCUUGAUCCAAGCAGCCAAAAAUUUAAUGAAUGCUGUAGUGCAAACAGUGAAAAUGUCCUACAUUGCUUCAACCAAAAUCAUCCGAAUUCAGAGUCCUGUGGGGCCCCGGCACCCAGUUGUGAUGUGGAGAAUGAAGGCUCCUGCGAAAAAACCCUUGAUUAAAAGAGAGAAGCCAGAAGAAACAUAUGCUGCUGUAAGGCGAGGCUCAGCCAAGAAAAAAAUCCACCCUGUGCAAGUCAUGAGUGAAUUUAGAGGAAGACAUGUCUACUGAAACCGCUAUUCUACUCUCGUGUUUAUAUUACAAAGUCAUGGCUAAAUACCCUGCUCUAUUUUUCACACUUGAUUAUUUCCGUAGGUUCACUAACUUAGAAUUUAAGCCACCAAUAAGGUAAAAUAUUGGAAGCCUAACCCGCAUGAGCGACAUAUAUUUGGGAUCAUGUCAUUGUCAUUUAUGUGUGGCCGGCACCUAAUAAGUAAUCAAUACAUGCUUGUUGAAUGAAUAAAAUCUUCAGGUCUCAUUCAGCCUUUCCCAUCACAGAGAAUCUUACAUUCAUUAGUAAAGGCACACAGGAGACUCAGUUGAGUCCUAUUCAUCUCUAACAGCUUAGUAUACACACCUUUUCCAUUUUGAAUUAAAACAUUGACAUGAGCUUUUGACUUGGUUUUCAAUGGAAACAAAAGACUUCAUAAAUUAUGUUCCUAUUUCAUCUCCAUAUUUCCUUUAUCUGACCUAGUCUGACAGACAUGAAUGAUUCCUGCUACAGGAAAAAAAGUCAAUUUAUGGAUAUUUAUGACUAUUGUCAGCUGAUUGAGCUAACAUCAUCUGAAACUAACCAAGCUUGAGCAAUCAAGCUAUUUUCUGGAUUUUUGAGGUCUGCCUUAUUUACUCAUGAAGAAAUGUAUUAAUAUUAUAAAGGUUACAAUGAGUUUUGAUGCCACAAAUAUGCCUUUUAGAGUCAUUGUGUCCAGCAGUUCUGCACAUUGAGUUUUAGAUUUAAAAGCAUCCAUGAGAAUACAUAUAUCAAGGAAGAGUUAUCAUGCAUUGGGGAAAUGGACAUCUAACUAUAUCCCCAAGUGAGCUAUGAUAACAGAAGUAUAAAGAGUUCUGCAUGACUUUAAAACUCCAUUUGUAUCAUCUUGAAAGUAUAAUUAACAGGAAAAGGCCAAUUUGAAAACACUUUUGACAUUGAGUAAAAUAUAACUCAAAAAAUAUAGGUGAAUUAUACCAUUGAACUAUGAAGCAGAGUUAAUGGCAAUAAAGCUGGAGUGAUUUUAAUAACAUUUAAAAAAAUAAAAGUCACUGAGGUCAUUUUAUAACUAUAAUCAUCAAGCUCCUCCCUAGUUGAGUUCAUAAUGGACUUUAUAAUAGUUUCAGAGUCUAAUGCAUGCUUCUGUCUACUUAUCUGUUUUUCUUUGGAGGAGUUAAGUUUCAAUUUCACUUUUUCUCAUGCAUAGAGUUACCAUUCACAGGAUUUUAAACAUGCAUUUCCUAUUCUACUUGAUCAAAAUUAUACUAUAAUUUUAACUUUGUAAAACAUUGUCAUUAAGAGUAGUUUUAACAACCAUGUCAUCUUAGUUUGACUAGGUAAAGUUCAAGCAUGCAACAGCAAUUAAUGUGCAGAAUACCAGGUUGAGUAAAAGAAUGUGUGAAACAUAAGAAUGUGUAAAGGUUGAUAGCGUAAUGUGUAUGGUAUCUUGAGCAAAGUGGCAUGGGAAAGAGAUUUAAUAGGCCAUUAUAAACUAUGGGGGAAAUAAAAACUCCUUAUUGCAAUGUAUUAUAUUUUUCAUCCAAAAUGCUAGGUUACCUGGGCUAAAUACAUAACAUUCAAUGAGGUAAAGCAAUAAAUUCCUCUCUGCCUUGCACUGGCCAGUAGGCACCGGUCCACACUAAUUAUUCCGGACAGUGUCCACUCCCUAAAAGUAAAGGUAGUGCACAAAGGAAUUCUAGAUCCAGAUAAUUCAACUUUCCAGAACUAGCUAGCUAAUGGAAGCAAAAUAGGGAAUUACUUUUGUUGAAAUGCUAUCAUAAUUUUCUGCUCUAAGAAUAGACGUUACAAGAAUUACAUCUAUGACACUUCCUUUUCUCAGGUAGAGUGUCAAUUUAUAAUUUAGUCGAGAAAAAAUAUUAAUUACCAGACUCUUGGUGUAUCUUAUUGCCUAAAGCCACAUGCUCAAGAAUGUUAAGAGUCUCAUUUAGAAAAUCUAAUAUCUGCUUGAUUGUACAUCAGCUUUCCACCGGAUGGAAUUAAAAAUGCAGCAUUGGAUGCCAAAAGAACAGAAAUAUCUUAAAGUUACACAAUUAUCAAAUAACCUCUGUAUCUAUCUUCAAAAAAAAUCACUCUGACCCCAAAUAAGAUGUGAACAAGUCUCCUCUUCAAUGUAGAUAGAUUUUCAGCUUAGCUCAAAACAAACAACUAUAAUUAAGCAUAACUUAAUAAACAAAUUAACUUGGAGAAUGUCCCAGGAGUAAAGUCUGCUGUAAUAAUCAAAGGUGCAAUAAGAACAACAUGCAUAGAGCUGAGAAAGACAUCUGUCCACCUGACUGAAUUCCUGCAGUGGGCAGCAUUUUAGGAUUUAAUUUAAUUCAAACCUGCUAAUAAUAUAAUACACACAAGAAAAAUUAGCAGAAAAUAUAUUAACAAAUCUUCACAUUAUAAAACAUAGUUAAAUGAAUCUAAUCAGUCAGUAUGAGGGUGGUGUAUAUUUAUAAUUAAGCCCUUCUCCAAGGGAAUUACAGAAAUCUCUUAAUGAGGAUGAUUACUUGGUAGCCCAUCUAUGCCCAUUUUAAAAUCGCAUCACAGAGAUCAGAGCUUCAUCUAAUGAUAACAUUGCUUUAUCUUGCUAAUCAAGACACACAUUUUUCUUUUAGUGAAAUCAAUUGAGGUUAACUUAUGUAGGAAAAAAAAAUAUUUCAGAGAAAGUAGAGGGUUUAAUACCACCUACAAGGAUAGUUCCAUCACCAGCACCACUAUCAGAUAUUAGGCUGAAAUUGGAAUGAUGAGUUAGAAAAUAUUUGCAAAAUCCCUAAAGAUUCUUUUUUUUUUUUUUUUUUUUUUUUUUGUCUUCUUUUGUCUUUUAGGGCCGCACCUGCAGCACAUGGUGGUUCCCAGGCUAGGGGUCAAAUUGGAGUGUAGCUUCCGGUCUACACCAGAGCCAUGGCAACACCAGAUCCAAGCUGCACCUUCAACCUACACCACAGCUUAUGUAAUGCCAGAGCCUUAACCCACUGAGCAAGGCCAGGGAUUGAACCCACAUCCUCAAAGUAUGCAAGUCGGGUUCGUUAACCAGUGAGCCACGAUGGGGACUCCCAAGAUUCUUUUAAUUAGAAAACUUGAAAGGUUUUCAUCAAAUAUGAAAGUUGAUCAAUAUAAAUCUCUUCCUUUUACUUAUCUCAAGUGGAAAUUAAUGGAUUAAAAUAUUUAUUUGUUUCUAAAGGGCUCGAUGAGUAAGUAUGGGAAAAAAUUCAAACACUUAAAUUUCUAAGGUAAUUUGUUAAUUAUUCUCUUUCUGCUUGUCUUCAGACAUGAAUGAAAACUAUAAAUGUAUUAGAAACAAUAUUUUAAAAUUUGCCUUCUGGUCUUUAAAAAAAUCUCCUAAUUUAUUAAUAUAGCAUAUAUGUUCCCCAUAAAAUUCCUUCCGUAUGGGGGUAAGUAACCCCACAACUAUACCAAAAAGCCCACCUCUGUGGGCUGGCAUUCUUGCACACUUAACAGCUUUCAAAGACAUCAGUUUUUGAAUCACAUUAAAUCAAGAUAGUUAAAAUUGUGAACACAAAGUUAAGUGCCAAAUUUGGACCACAAGCCUAAUAAUUAGUGAUCCUCAAAUUCAAUGAGUUGCUGAAAACACUAAUGUCCAAUAAUAAAGUAUUCCCAGUGCCUUCCUAUGCCUUCACUUUCAGAGUGGUCUUUUCGUCUCACCACCCUGGAGCUGGAUGUCUUCCUUUUAACUGCUGUCAAUUUGCUACUAGAAUGAUGCAGUCAGGCCUGCUCUUCCCAGUCAGUUACCCUCAAAUAAUGUCCCUUCCACUUAGUCUAUGCACAAAAAAAUCUCUGUCUUCCAUCUCUCAUCCCCUAAGGAGUCUCCCUCACAUACAAAUUGACUAAUAUAUUUUGUAACAUUCUAGUUUAAAAUUAUUGAUUUUUAUUUGCAAUAGCAUUAUCCUUUUUUUUUUUUUUUUCUAUUCCGGAAAACACUCUUACCUUUUUAGGUAUCAAAUUCACACUUCCACGCUAAGCAUUGUGGUUCCUAUGGAUACGCGUUUCUGUAUAGUGACAGAAUGCGCAGAGUGAGAUUGAGACUUUUGCUGGUGAUAUUUACCCUUCUCUAGUGAACUCAUUGCAGAACUGCUGGCCUGUUUCACUAUCACUGUAAGUAGUUCUCUAGGUCAGCAAAGAAAGCACCAGAAUAUCAAGUUGAAUAAAAUCUGUACUUUCUUUUGUCAAUCCAUCUAUUAAGACAGCCUGUCUAUUGCAUAUUUAGUUAUCAAGCAGCCAUUUUUCUGUUUGGAAGGUCAGGAAUAUUCUUGUUUGACUUGAUCAGAAAAUGUAGGGGCAGCCAGUUAAAAUACUGUAACUUGCAAUUUAUGAUAAUAAUCCAUUUUAAGUCAACUAGCAAAAUGUCUGUGAGGUUUAUAUUUAUAUAAACCUGAGAACCUGAUACAUUUAUAUUUAUAUACCAUUUCAUUUAUAUAUCACAUACCAGAAAGCAAUACUUAAUCAGAUAAAAACCCAUAGCAUUUCCUUUGUUCUUUCUUCCCAUAUCAUUAUAAUAUCCGUAAUAUUAGUAUUUUGCAUGUUACUACCAAAUAAACAAGCCAGACCUAAUCAUGGAAGAGUCUACACAAAAAGGAGUUUAAAGUUUUCAUUUUGGUUCUUUAGGUCAACCAGGAAAGAAAAUGUGGAUGUUAUUAAAACUAGUUGUAUGCAGCUAAAUAUGCCCUAAUCAAGGCUUUAACACUAUCCUAGACAUCUAAGAGAGAGAGGAAGAAUUAAAAUUUUAAAUGCAUUUUUGGCUAUUUUAACCAUUUUACAUGAACAAUAAGCAUUUUUCUAUUAAAGCAAAAGAAAGAAUAAUUUAAAAUAUUAAUUCUUUUAUGUGGAUUUAUUCUCCUACUGAGGUAGAUUGGACCUAUUCCUGAACACUUCAAAAGAAGAUAAUGCUAACUGAAAGAACCACUUCCAAAUGGAAACCAACCUUACCAGAAUCCCCUCCCCAGGCAGUAGAUGGUUUGUAGGGCUGGCUUAUAUGUAGAUCCUAGGACAAAAUAUUUCAUGGCUACAAGCUGGCCUCUGGCAUCCAACAGCCAACAUUGGUUUACAGGAACAAAACACAAGGAUUGACUUUGAAAAUGAAUUUAACAAGUUGGAGGAAAAAAAAUCAGUAAAUACAGAGAAGUUUUAAAGAAAGUGGGUAAGAAAAGUGACAGAGGUGGAAAAAGGAAUAGAAAAGUUGAUGAAGAAGAUAAUUUUUAUACCAGAGAGAGGAGGGUUCUUGGUUCUGUGAAGAUUAGGCAGCCUCUUCUGAGGAAAGUUUCAAGGACUGGAUGGGGCACUGGUCUUUGGUGGUUUGGGUGAAGUCAUAUCAGGGCAAGAGUAUGAACUACACAAUGUUUGAGGGUCAUUUAGUGAUAUGGUUUGCAAGAUGAGCAAGAGAAAUUCAGCCAUUUUUCUAGGCUGAUGAUGGGUGAAAUGCUUUCCAAUAUCACAUUUAAUCAGGGUGUUAUAUACGUAACAAAUAUUUGUUGAACAAAUUUGAAGUUCCAGCACUGUUCCAAGUUCUUAGGAUAUACCAGAUAACAAAACACAGUAACCAUUGUCCUUAUGAGCCAACUGUGUCAAAUCUAUGACCUUAUUUAAUCAUCUCAAUAACUCUAUGGCAUAAACAUUAUCAGCUGUAUUCCUUAGAUAAGGCAAAUGAAGAUAUGGAUCUUGCUUGAAAAAUCACUGCUUUAAAAUUUGGCUAAAAAUUUGGUUGUCCUCUAGAGGGUGAACUUUUAACCACUACACCAUCCAGAUUUCCCAAAAAAUGGACUGGAUUUUUCAGUAGAUAAUGAGAUGCACAUUUAAAAUGCUUGCUGGCUUCCUGUGUAGGAGAAGAAGCAUCAAAACUUUUUUUAAAGAUGUGUGUGUGUGUGUGUGUGUGUGUUGUGUGUGUGUGUGUGUCUCCAAACCUACAUCAUUCAAAGCAGACAUUUAAAGCUACCUUUCAGUAAUUACAUCAAUAGUUCAAAGCCUGCAGAUAAAUUUUUUUUUCUAUUCAGACAGCCAUGUUAUCACAUAUUCCCAGGCCAACCCUUGACAUGACAUAUCAGUUUCCCAUCUUUCUGAAUUAUCUAAACCUCUAAUACUGAAAGAACCUAUUAGCAGUAAAAGCCUAGCUAAUACUGACAAAUUUCCUUGGCUUCUAACAUCAAAUUUUGACUGGAGUGUUUAUUCACAAAGGAAAGAGGCAAAUCUGGGAUCAUGCUCUCAGUUAAACAGAACUUUUCUUCUUCCUGAGACUUUAAACAUAAAAUUAAUUUUAAAAAUAUUGUAGAGAUAAUAUUCCAUUGUUUGUCAAAUCUAUGCCAUUAUAACUCUCUAUUCUUAUGUGUUGGUACACAAGGACAUAGAUAUAUGAGAAUUUCAGCAACUGUCUUGCAGGGUUAAACUGUGCUUCUUAUUGAUUUUGAAAGCUUAUGUGGUAAAAAUCCCUCCAAAGAACAUUUCCCUGGACCUGAAUGACAGCAUAAUGAUUUAUCUUUUGUAUCCAUGACUAACAAAUCCCUACAAAUAGAAAUAGCCUAUGUUAUGUCCUAUUUAGUGCCUAAUAGUUGUAUCUUUAAAACAGAAAUUUCUUAGGUUUGUGUUAGGUUAUUAAACAUGAAUUAAAACUUCCUGUGCAAGAUUUCCAGAAGCCCCUGCUUUCCAUUUUAUGUUUUUAGUUUCAUAGUGACUU